UUGUGUGUCAUUCAUAGACUGUAUAAAAUCAGGGUGUCAUCCCUAUUAUCAGAGCAUACAUAAGACCUGUCGGUGAUGCGAGGGCCAGUGCGUUGGGUGUUAUGGGAUGUGAAGGACACUCUGUUAAAAGUCCGGCGCUCGGUUGGAGAGCAGUACUGCAGCGAAGCAGAGCGAGCAGGACUCAAGCUGCCAGCUGCUGCCAGCCAGGUGUGGUGGACUGGACUAGUGAGGGACACUUUUGCCCAGUGUGCGGUAGAUGACACUGCUUUACUGGAUAGACUAGUCAACAACCUUUAUCACAACUUUUGUGGACCAGAAAACUGGGAGGUGUUUCCUGAUUCUUAUAGCACCCUCGAGUUCUGCACCGCUUUAGGACUCAAGCAAGGCGUAGUGUCCAACUUUGACAAGCGUUUGGAAGGGAUCCUGAGAGGAUGUGGACUUCUCACUCACUUCUCAUUUCUCCUGACCUCAGAAGAAGCUGGGGUUGCUAAACCAGACCCUGCCAUUUUUACCCAGGCACUGGUACGGUGUGGUGUUCCAGCCUCCAGUGUAGUUCACGUUGGGGACCAUUAUGUGAAGGACUACCUAACCUCACGCUCAUUGGGUAUUCAAGGUUACCUGCUUGACAGACAAGACUGUCAUGAGCACCUUGAUGUUCCUCCACAGCGUAGAUUACACAGCCUAGAUGAACUACCAGCUCGAUUAAAACAGAAUGCAGACUGAAGAGUGCACACAUUUUAUCCAGUGCAGCUGAUGAUUAUGUAAUGUUGCUGCAGGGUUAAACUAAUUUUUAAAUGGACCAUAUUUUUUCCAGAUGCACGUUUCAUAUGAUGGAACACAAGAUGUAAGCUGAAACAUCAGAAUAUGGGACUGGAAAAUAAAAAAUCUGGUCCUUUUAGAAGUUUAGAUUUAAUAAAAUCGUAAUAUACUGUCAAUACAUUAUUUUAUUGUUAAU